AUGGUGCAGCCUACGUCCCCGCCUGCACCCGCUGCAUCAGUGCCGUCGCCGCCCAUAUCGCCCACCAUGGCCGUGUCGAUGGCGAUCGGAGCGCUAUCGCUCGUGGUCAUGGGCAUGGGAUUCCUCCCGAUGGUCUGUGUGGCCCUCUUGUCUGUCGCGCUCACAUGUCACCCUACCGUGCGUGAAUACAUCGAGCUCGCCCUGCCGGGUGAGCGCACUGCCCAUAUCGAUGCAAAGCGCGAGCACAACGUCAUCGAGGUGCUUCGAUCGCGUGUGCAGGACAUGCUGCCUCACACACGUCGCCAUGACGCGGCCUCCACCAGUCCGGGGCGCUGUACGUUGGCGUCGUUGCCACCCGCCUGCCAGUCGGAGGCACAGCACAUUUUGCGUUUGGUCCGCCGCGACUGCAUUCAGUAUUGGUUUGACCCCAUCUCGUUUGGCCUGCCGACGUUUCCUGAUGAGGCCAUCGCGGCGGCCGAGCAUGUGCUCGCCCAAAUAGCCCUCCGGCUCGAGCAGUACAGUCGGACGACGGUUGCGACAGAACUCUCGCUCACGGCGCUCUCUGUCAUCGUGACGGCGAUGCAGAAUAAGCGGUCAGAAGACGCCCCGUCACCUGGUCUGUGGGACAAUGCAUCCGCUCGGAUCGAGAGCUUACAGACGUCCAUGAGCACGCUUCUCAGGCAGACAUUGCCGGAGGAAGAUCGCCACUCACCCAUGGUGGUGGCGCUGCUAUCCGAACUUGCGUCCAAGCAGCUGUGGACGCUAUUGCAGACCUACAGCGACCCCGAUGUCUUGAACGGCUAUAUUUUGCAGUACGGCCGACUGCCAGAGCAGCGACUGACGUACGAGCCACGUACCAAGGCACCCAAAACACCUGCACAGCCCACGGCCAGCCACGACGUCCAGGAAGCGCUGAGGGAUCUCGACGCACCGAGCGGCAUCAAGUCGCCCUCGUCGUCUCUUCCGGACCACCUCGAAGAGAUGUUGAGUGAGCUGCGAGAAUCGAGCCUGUCCCAGGACGAGCCAUCCGAGGAGACGGAGCAAAUGCUGCCAGUAUCCGAUACGGCAGAGCCGGCCGUCCCGAUGAACAUCCCACCUGACGUGAAGGAGCCGCCGCUGCCGCGCUCCCUCGAAACUAGUCGCCUCCCCAAAGAGACCUACAAAGUUCGCUACCCAAAAAAAGUAGGGGACGUGCUGAACAAGAAAGACAGCAAUACGUACGACGAUUGGUACUCAUUCCUGUCCCGGCUAGAUCCGACGCUCGAGCCUCCUGAAGGGGCCGUGCUCAUCCAGCUGCACUCGAAUCUCGAGGCCCUCGAUGAAUCUGUGAGCCACGAGGCAAGCUCGUCGGACCUGUAUGCCAGUGAUGUGCGAACGGUCGUUCAAGCCUCCCUCGCCAUCUUGCCCGAGACCUCAGGCACCAAGGGCGUACGCACCGCCAUGGCCGCGCUCCUCAAGGCCGACGACAUCCAGCCCAACAUGGUCAAGCCUCUGCGUAAAGCAUUGCUCAAGCGGUUGCAGACACUGUAUGAUAUGUUUGUCGCAGAAGCUCGCGGCAAAACGGUGGUGCAUACCAGUCCAUCGCGAUCUAUCUCAGUGGUGGAUGUGAGUACGCAGACCAAGCCGGAUCGUCCCGUGGAUCCUCGCUCCAUGCAAGUGCUCGUCACGGUCGAAGCAGGCGAGAAGGAAGACGCGGCAGAUGGGUAUGCGGUCCUACGUUCAUGGCCCCAGUUUGAGGCACUGCAGGCCGACCUGGUGCGAAUGUACGAGCGACGGCCCCUUGGGUCGAACAUGUCGCGUCCGCCAGCGUUGCCGCUCAUAAGGGGCCUUACCAGCGCGGCAGCAUGCCAGGCGAUCCAAACGUACUUGGAGCAACUGCUCUCGCCAUCGAGCGACGGCAUGGCUUGGUACACAUCCACGCAGCCGGUGCAUUCAUUCCUCGAUAAGACGCGUGCAUCGACGACGGACGAAGAGACGCGCAUGCGCACGAAUGCUUUCAUGUCGGGACUUGGCGGCGUAGGCCGUACCUUCGCCACGGGUUUCGCAGGCGCCGCUGGGUCUGCGCGAAAAGGCAUGGGACAACGGAGACCAGCGCCAUCGCGAGCCGGACGCGUGUUUGGACUGCGCCCGGACAUGACAGACGCGGUCCCUAUACCCCCAUCGCUGCCUCCGCGCCAUACGUCCGUGUCUCCGCAAGACAAGGCGUCGUCCGACGCGCCUCAGGCUGCCGAGACAGCUGCCGAGCCGCCCGAGGCUGUCGAAGCCUCCCAAGACGGCGCGCGUCCUUCCGCAGCCCACACCGAGUCUCGCGACGUGGACGACGCUCCGUCGAUGCAAGACGUCAACGCUCUCCUGACAGCCGUAUUUGCCGUCACGCGUGAGGCACUGAAUAUGCACGAGGCAUGGACACUGCGCCGCGGCAUGUUGCGUGUGAUUGAGCAGUUCAUUCGUUCGACAUACCUCCAUACAGUGUCGGACGUUCUUGCGUACUUUUCCAGCAAGCUCGCGACGACCGAGCAAGCCUCGUGGCUCCGCCAGCUUCGCGAGACAUGCUGGCCGCAUGACACGUGGAAUACAGCGUCGACACCCGCACGGACGCCUGAGGAGAUGCAAAAGCGCGCAGACGAGGCACGUGCCAUCGUGCUGAGCUACACGCCGCCCCAGGCGGCGUACGCCCUCGGCAUUGGCGGUAAGCAGGCCGUGAUGGACGCCUUGGGCACCGUGCACCAAGUCGUGACCGAUCCCAUGGUGUCUCUCGACCUCCACUUGGCCCUGUUGCUGCGCGUGAUGGAUUUGGCCGUCGGCACCGCAUCGGGGUCAUCGGGCUAG